GAGCGCGGACUGCCCCAGCCCAUAGAGGAGCGGCGCACUCGCAGCCGAGACCUCGCAAAGCGGCCACUCAGCCGAAACCCUCGCAGAAGCGGCUGCCCCAACGUAUAGCAGCGGCACACUCAGCCGAAACCCCCAAUAUGUCGAGCAUCAGCAAGAACAAGUCGCUCAAGGCCGCGCUGGCCCUCGGCGGCGGCCUCGUGACCGUCGGAUUGAUGGCUGCCAUGAUGAACGACGACGACGGACCGCCCGAGGACGUCGUCGACGGCGUGCAGUCGACGAUGACCGGCCUCGUGGACAAGGCGGGCGGCGCGGUCGCGGCCAUGGCCGCGUCCGUUGGCGACGCCGUCAAGGCGUCGCUCGGCGGCGUGCUGAAGAGCUCGGCGCCGCCAGCCGCGAAGAAGGCCAAGAAGAAGAAGACGGCGAAGACGAAGGCGGCGUCCAAGGCAAAGAAGGCGCGCAAAGCGGCGAAGGCUGCCAAAGCGGUGGCGGCGCCCGUGACGCCGCCGAAGGCGCCGCGCGCGGCGCCCACGCAGGAGGAGCCGGUCGUGGCGGCCGCGCCGCCGGCACCCGAGGCCGCGCCGCCCGCGGAGGCGCCCACGACGGCUCCGCCGGCCUUCGCGGUCGGCGCGCGCGUCGAGGCGCGGUGGGCCGGGACGUGGUACGGCGCCGUCGUCGAUUCAACGCACGGGGACGGGAGCUACGAGCUCGAGUGGCUCGACGACCCCAACGUCUUCAACACCGUGGCGGCGGCCGACGUGCGCGCGGCGGCGGCCGACGAGCCCGCGCCGCCGCCGCCGCCGGAGGCCGAAGAGGAGGCGGCGGCCGCGCCCGAGGAGGAGGCGCCCGAGGCUGCGGCCGCGGCCGCGGCCGAGCAGCCCGCGGACGACGAGAGCUGCGAGGAGGCGGCCGACGUGCAGGGCCUGCUCGACGGCGCCGCGCAGCGCGUCAUCGUCGACAUGCUCCUCGCGAAUGCGAGCCUUAAGAUCGCGUUCGACCAGGAGAACCCGAAGCGCCCGGACUCGGCGAGCUUCAAGCGCUACGAGGCCUACAAGGCGGCCACGUGCGGCGCCGACGUGCUGGCGUGGGGCGGUUCCAAGAGCGACGUGCUCCACGACUACCGGAAGGGCUUCCUCCGCGUGACGCGCUGCCCGGUCAUGGUCGCCUACGACCUCGACCGCGACGCAGACGUAGGGUUGAGUUAG